CUUCUCAGCCCAUUUAAAGUUGUAAAAGAGAUUUUCAAUGUUCCAGAGAAACUUAUUGGAAAUAAAUGCCUGUUCGACGAGGAAUGUUAUGGAAUGAAUUCCGUUUGUCGGAAUGGCCGAUGCACUUGUCCGACUAAUUUUGAAGAGUUCGACAUUGAUGACAGAACUACGAUCUGUCGACUUGGUAAGUCCUUCGACCCAUGCGGCGCGCACCCACUGCUUCCAAAAUCUUUGAGAGGUGAUAGAGUUAUUUCAGCAUGUCCUGUUGGUCAACAGCUCUAUGGUGUGGAAUGUACACGAGUGGCUCACUAUGGCCAAGCAUGCGAGAAGGAUAGCCAGUGUGUCGAUCCAUUCAAUGCAUGUGUUGCGGGCACCUGUCAAUGUGCUCCUGGUACAACAAGAGAUAUGAUGAGAGGCUUCUGCUAUGCUGUAUGCCCCGAUGGAAUGCAUCCACGACAGACGUGUCGUCGAUUGUUUGUCAACGAUGUCGAUAUGUUGGAAAAUGCAGCAAACACUGACAGUUGCCCACUUGGUUACCGUUGUGUGACCUACGGAAGUCCAUAUGUGGGGCAUUGCUGCCGACUGCGUUGUCCCUAUGGAGAGCCCGAUUUGAGCCAAUCAUGUGACGCCGGCGCACCGCCAGAGUCCAAGUGUCGACCGCUCACCCACUUUUGCUAUUCGAUCAGUGAGCCAGGAUGGAAAUCGUCGUUGUGCUGCCCUCGGCCAUGCCGAGAUCCGACUCCACUGUAUAUCAACGGUCAAUGCCUAUCAAUAGCUCACCGAGAUGAUCCAUGUCAAAUUGAUCAACAGUGUGAAGGUGGUAUUUCGAUGUCAUGCACCCUGGGUACCUGCCAAUGUAAACUUGGCUAUCAUCCAUACAACGAUGACCGGUUUCCAACAUGUGAGAAGACUUGUAAUCAACUUGAAGAGAUCGCCUCCACAGAUCGUUGCCUACCUAAAGCUCAACUUGGCCAUCGAUGUUUAUCCAGGAAACAGUGCCCAAGCUUUGCUGACUGCAGAUUUGGAACAUGCCAAUGCUUAUGUGGAUAUAAACAAGUCCGAGUAACUUUAAGAAUUAUUUUAUUCGCAAUUGGAGUGAACAGGGCCAAAAAGUUCAUCUGA